AUGGACGGGCCCCCCGCGCCCGCCGCCGCCGCUGCUCCCGCGGAGCCCCCGGGAACGGCGGCGGGCGCGGGGGGCCCGGGGGGGCUCCUGGCGCUGCCCCCGGAGCUGCUGCUGCGGAUCUGCGGCUUCCUGCGGGCCCGCGACGUGCGGCGGGUGCUGCCCCGCGUGUGCCGCGCCCUGCGGGACCUGGCCCGGGACGCGGUGCUCUGGCGGCUCCGCCUGCAGCGCCGCGCCCGCCGCCCCCUGCCCGUGCUGCCAGAGGACGGCUUUGAUUGGGCGGCCGCCUGCGAGGACCUGGAGGAGCACCUGGAGCGCUGGGGGGCCGGGGGGGCCCCCAUGGAGCAUUUCUCCCUGGACGAGGGGCACUUCGCCUCCGUGGACUCCGUGCUGCUGCUGCAGGGGGGCUCCCUGUGCGUCUCGGGGGGCCGCGACCGCAACGUGAACCUGUGGGACCUGCGGGAGCUGGGCCGGGGCCCCCCCGGGAAGGUUCUGGUCAAAGCCCUGGGCUCGGGGCGCAGCGGAACCCACAAGGGCUGGGUGUGGUGCUUGGCUGCGAGGGACGCCCGCGUCUGCUCCGGCUCCUGGGACAGCACCGUGAAGCUCUGGGACCUGGCGGCCGAGGGGCAGCAGUUCGGGGAGAUCCGAGAGAAGGCGGCCGUGCUGUGCCUCUCGUACCGCCCCGACGUGCUCGUCACCGGCACCUACGACAAGACGGUGACCGUGUACGACCCGCGAGCCGGGCAGGCCCAGGUGAGCAGCUACAAGCCCCACGCCAGCGCGGUGCUGUCGCUGGCGGCCGACGAGCGGCUGAUCGUGUCGGGCAGCGAGGACCGGACGCUCGUGGUGUUCGAUCGCCGCGCCGGCUCCGUGCGCCAGCGCCUGCAGCUGGACAAUUACCUGCUCUCCAUGUCCUACCGGGGCUCGCAGCUCUGGGCUGGCGACAACCAGGGCCGGGUUUAUCUGUUCGGCAGCGGCGGCGGCAGCUUCCAGCCCGCCCGGUAUUUCGACGUGGGGCACCGGCUGCAGAUCACGGGGCUCUGGCACUCGCUGGGCUCGCUCUACACCACGUCCACGGACAGGACGCUGCGGAUCCACGUGCCCACGGAUCCCCCCCGCACCAUCUGCUCCUGGACGCACGACGAUGUCCUCAACGGGAUCAGCGUGGACGGCGACGUGGUGGCCGCGGCCUCGGGGGGACUCUCGGUCGAGGUGUGGAGGCUCCGGACCUGACACCGGCACGGGGGGGGCAGGGGGGGCUCCGACCGCGUCCCGCGGGGUACCCCCCGCGCCCCCCAUUCCGGGGGGCCGGGCUCGGAUCCGGGACCUGGGCGGGGCUGGAAGCUGCCGCCUGUUCGUGGGUAUUAAAGGAUUGGACUGGAGCGGA